AUGGCGCGCAAAUGCAUCCUCGCAACAACACAGCUCAACCAGUGGGUUCUCGAUUGGGAUGGUAAUCGUGAUCGCAUCAUCGAAGCGAUCCGUCAAGCGAAAGCAGCAGACAUCGAGCAAUACAUCGACCAACAGCCGAGUGCUCGAAUGCUCGAAACGCUGCCGGCUCGCUUCACCACCCUCACCAUCCUCCAAGACUCGACUCUGGUACUUACACCAGAACUGUGCAUACCUGGCUAUGGACUGCUAGAUCACUGGCUGGAGAAUGAUGUCUACGUCCACUCUUGGGAAAUUGCUGCUGCCAUCAUCUCACACGAAGACUGCCAGGACAUUGUUAUCGACCUUGGAUUACCGGUCCAGCACCGAGGCUGCACAUACAAUGCAAGACUUAUCGCUCUCAAUGGGGAGGUGCUGGCUGUGCGACCGAAGCUCGAUCUUUGCAACGAUGGCAACUUCCGAGAGAUGAGAUACUUCACCCCAUGGCCCAGGCAGAGAGUUGAGGACUAUCGUCUACCCCAAGUCAUUCAGUCUUUACCGAAAGGACAGCGGACCACGAGGAUCGGUGAGGUGCUAUUUGAGGCAGAAGACGCGACAUUCGCUUCAGAAACAUGUGAGGAGCUAUGGACGCCAGACUCGCCACACUCAUCCUACUCUCUCGCUGGCAUCGAGAUUGUCCUGAAUUCAAGUGGAAGCCAUCACGAGCUGCGCAAACUCGACACUCGGGUCAACCUCAUCAGAGAAGCCACAGCAAAGACUGGCGGAGUCUACAUGUACUCGAACCAGAAGGGUUGCGAUGGCGACAGACUGUAUUACGAUGGCUGUGCACUGAUUAUGAACUCCGGUCAGGUGGUAGCCCAGGGAGCGCAGUUUUCGUUGCGCGAUGUUGAAGUACAGACUGCAGUUGUAGACCUCGAUGAGAUCUGGCCAUAUCGGACAUCGAGAAGUCGAGGCAUGCAAGCGAACAACCCGGAGCUGCACAAGCUCGAAAGAAUCCAGGUUCCUUUCAGCCUCUGUUCAAGCACAUUGGACUUCACAGAGCCACCAACACCCGCAAGAGAGCCGCGAUACCAUCUGCCGGAGGAAGAGAUUGCUCUGGGACCAGCGUGUUGGCUGUGGGAUUAUCUUCGACGUUCGAGCGCUGCCGGAUUGCUGGUACCUCUCAGUGGUGGCAUUGAUAGCUGUGCUACUGCCACCAUCGUUUUCAGCAUGUGCAGACUGGUCAUUUCAGAGAUCGCGAAGGGAAACCAAGACGUGAUCAAGGACGCUGAGCGACUUGCUGGUUCCGACCCAACAGCUCUUUCUGCACAACAAUUCUGCAACAAAGUCUUCAGCACCGUAUUCAUGGGCAUGCAGCAGCAGUCAUCUAUCGAGACACGGAGUCGUGCCAAGGAGCUCGCUGCAGCGAUAGGAGCACAUCAUAUUGACACAAAUAUCGAUCCGAUGGUUCAGUCGCUGCACUCAGUGGUGGCCGGCAUUCUCAACUUCGAGCCCAAGUUCAAGGUGCACGGCGGAUCGCAAGCAGAGAAUCUGGCGUUGCAGAACUUCCAAUCUCGCUCACGAAUGGUUCUGGCAUAUGCACUUGGUCAGCUCAUCCCCACCUCUCGUGGCGGCGCGGGUGGUCUCCUCAUUCUCGGCUCCGCUAACGUCGAUGAGUGCCUUCGUGGCUACCUGACCAAGUACGACUGUUCUUCAGCUGACAUCAACCCCAUUGGCGGCAUCUCGAAGACUGACCUCAAGCGCUUCAUCAAGUGGGCAGAGACCAACUUCGACCUUCCCAUCUUGCAGCAGUUUCUGGACGCCGUGCCAACAGCGGAGCUCGAGCCCAUCACCGAGACCUACGUUCAGAGUGAUGAGGUCGACAUGGGCUUCACAUAUGACGAGCUAUCGAUCUUGGGACGUCUGCGCAAGACGUUCAAGCUCGGCUACGUGGGCAUGUUCGAGCGUCUCGUGGUCGAGUGGAAGGACAAGAUGCAGCCGCGCGACAUCUACACGAAAGUGCGCAACUUCAUGUACUACUACGCCAUCAACCGACACAAGAUGACGACCAUGACGCCUGGGUUGUACUUGGAGUCGUACACGCCGGAUGACAAUCGAUACGAUCUGAGGCCGUUCCUGUAUCCGCGGUUCAACUUCGAGCAUCGGAAGAUCGAGAAUAUGCUAGACAAGAUGGAGAAGGGCGAAGCUGGCAAAACAAACGGCGCGUGA